AUGAGUAAUAUUCGUCAAAGGGCUUCUGGUAUUACUGGACAAGAUCAUAACGAUCAAGAAGAAUUCGAUUCCGCUAAAUCAAAUACAUCACCAGCUGAGGAUAUUAUAGAUGAACGUAUGGCGAGGGAAAAAAGAUUUUACUACCUUGACACUACCGUUCCCCUCUAUCAAGCUGCCCUAAAAGGAGAUUGGAAAACUGCUAAGGCUCUAUUUGAGAAAUAUCCAGAUGUCUUUAGUCGUCCCAUAACAGAAGGGAAUGACACAGCUCUUCACAUCGCAGUUGUAGCAGAACGGGAAGUUUUUGUAAAAGAAGAGGUCAAAUGUAUGGUUCCUAAAGAAAUAGCAUUAUCAAAUAACGUUGGAAACACGGCCCUUCACUUUGCUGCUGGAUCAGGAAUCGUGUCGAUUGCCAAGGAGAUGGUGGAAAAGACCAAGGGACUGCCAUUAAUCCGUGGUGCCGAUGAAAAGAUACCACUUUACGUGGCAGCUUUAAACGGACGUAGAAAGAUGGUGAUGUAUCUAUACCCUCGGACUUCUUUUGAAGAAUUGGAACCUAUCGAACGCAUUGAUAUCCUUAUUGCCACUAUUAUGAAUGAUAUGAAUGAUAUAGCAUUGGAUAUUCUGAAAAAUUAUCGAAGUUUAGCAACUAUGGAGAAUAGCUAUGAGAGGAUAGCAUUGCAAGAGUUGGCUAGAAAACCUUUUGCAAUUGGCAGCAGAAGUCCUUCUGAAAAAUGCGCUAUCAAGGGUAUCAUUGCACAAUAUCUUGACCCAAAUGAGAACAACAUGCUCCAUUUAAUUGGACGAUUGGCUCCUUCCGAUCAACUAAAUAUCAUAUCAGGAGCAGCUCUUCAAAUGCGACGCGAGUUAUUGUGGUUUAAGGAGAUAGAAAAGAUUGUACCGCUUUCAUACAAGAAGAUGAAGAAUAUAGAUCAAGGCGGUACAGCUGCAUAUACACCUUGGGAAUUAUUCAUCAAGGAACACAAACAGUUGAAAGAACAAGGUGAAAAGUGGAUGAAAGACACAGCAAAUUAUUGCAUGCUUGUGGCAACACUGAUUGCCACAGUGGUCUUUGCUGCAGCAUUUACUGUACCAGGUGGUAACAAUCAAGAAAUAGGAACACCAAUUUUUUUGAAAAGUAAUUGGUUUAUGGUUUUCUUCAUAUCAGAUGCAAUGGCAUUGCUCUCAUCUUCGACUUCGAUACUGAUAUUUUUGUCAAUUCUCACUUCGCGUUAUGCGGAAGGGGAUUUCCUCACGUCAUUGCCUGCAAGGUUGUUUUUUGGACUUACAACACUCUUCAUCUCUAUAGCAAGUAUGGUAGUAGCUUUUAGUGCAACUUGCUUUUUGGUUUAUUACAGCGAAGUGGCAUGGGUUCCAAUUGUUAUAAUAACUUCCGCUGGUGUCCCAGUUACUUUAUUUGUUGGGCUACAUUUUCAACUUUGGGCUGAUAUUAUCCGCUCAACAUACUGGUCUAGGUUCCUUUUUCGGCCACAUAAACAUAGGCUUUUUUAG